GCUCGUCGCCCGGCUCGGCGUCGGGAGCGCGCUCUGUGUGGCCGCUGCCGCCAUGUUGUUGUGGUUGUGAGAAGGCGGCGGCGGCGGCGGAGUAGCAGCCGGACGAGACGUCCCAGCGGCUCAGGCGCUGCCCCGCGCCGGCCCUGGCAGGGAGCCUGGUGGGGUGGCGGAAGAGGAGACUGUGCCGUGGCGGGCCUCGCCAUGUCCUGCUGCCCGACUUCCUUGUGAAACCUCCUAGUAGAAAAAGUUCUUGGGACAAACUUCAUUUGACCUCACCAUAAGGAAAAGAAGAGAGCCUUGUUGGACACUGAAGAAGGGACGGGGAUUUCUCCUCCUAAUCUGGGCCUCCUGUCAUGGAUGAAGAGACUCGGCACAGCCUUGAGUGCAUCCAGGCCAAUCAGAUCUUUCCCAGGAAACAGCUGAUCCGAGAGGAUGAGAAUCUUCAGGUUCCUUUCCUUGAACUUCAUGGAGAGAGCACAGAGUUUGUGGGCCGUGCCGAGGAUGCCAUCAUUGCCCUUUCCAAUUACAGACUUCACAUCAAGUUCAAGGAGUCUCUUGUUAAUGUUCCAUUACAGCUUAUAGAAAGUGUUGAAUGCCGAGAUAUAUUUCAGCUUCAUUUGACUUGCAAAGACUGCAAAGUUAUCAGGUGUCAGUUUUCAACCUUUGAGCAGUGUCAAGAGUGGCUGAAGAGACUGAACAAUGCAGUCCGACCACCUGCUAAAAUAGAAGAUCUCUUCUCAUUUGCAUACCAUGCUUGGUGCAUGGAGGUCUAUGCCAGUGAAAAAGAGCAACAUGGAGACCUGUGCAGACCAGGGGAGCAUGUAACUUCAAGGUUUAAAAACGAGGUGGAAAGGAUGGGUUUUGAUAUGAACAACGCCUGGAGGAUUUCCAACAUCAAUGAGAAGUACAAAUUAUGUGGUAGCUAUCCUCAAGAGCUCAUAGUGCCUGCCUGGAUCACUGACAAAGAACUAGAAAGUGUAGCAAGUUUCAGGUCCUGGAAGCGCAUCCCUGCCGUCGUCUACAGGCACCAGAGCAAUGGAGCUGUCAUUGCCCGCUGUGGACAGCCAGAAGUUAGCUGGUGGGGCUGGCGAAAUGCAGAUGAUGAGCAUCUGGUACAGUCAGUAGCCAAAGCUUGUGCCUCUGACUCCCGAUCGAGUGGCAGCAAGCUGUCAACUAGGAACACUUCUCGAGACUUUCCCAAUGGGGGAGACCUUUCUGACGUGGAGUUCGAUUCUUCUCUGUCAAAUGCUUCAGGAGCAGAGAGUUUAGCCAUCCAACCGCAGAAGCUUUUGAUCUUGGAUGCACGCUCCUAUGCAGCUGCUGUGGCAAACCGAGCCAAAGGAGGAGGCUGCGAAUGCCCAGAGUAUUACCCAAACUGUGAAGUUGUGUUUAUGGGGAUGGCAAACAUUCAUUCUAUUCGGAGGAGUUUUCAGUCUCUGCGGUUGCUGUGCACUCAGAUGCCAGAUCCGGGAAAUUGGCUAUCAGCUCUUGAAAGCACAAAAUGGCUCCAUCACUUGUCUGUGCUUCUGAAAUCAGCGCUUCUGGUAGUGCAUGCUGUGGAUCAGGAUCAGCGGCCAGUGCUAGUGCACUGCUCAGAUGGCUGGGACCGCACCCCCCAGAUUGUGGCAUUGGCUAAGCUCUUGCUGGACCCUUAUUACCGAACCAUAGAGGGUUUCCAGGUCCUCGUGGAAAUGGAGUGGCUGGAUUUUGGCCAUAAAUUUGCUGACCGGUGUGGUCAUGGGGAGAACUCAGAUGAUUUGAAUGAACGUUGCCCAGUGUUUCUGCAGUGGCUUGACUGUGUUCAUCAGCUUCAGAGGCAAUUUCCUUGCUCUUUUGAGUUCAAUGAAGCAUUCCUUGUGAAACUGGUGCAGCAUACCUAUUCCUGCCUCUUUGGAACAUUCCUGUGCAACAACGCCAAGGAGAGAGGGGAAAAGCAUACUCAGGAACGGACAUGUUCCGUGUGGUCACUUCUUCGGGCAGGCAACAAGGCUUUCAAAAACCUACUGUAUUCCUCUCAGUCAGAAGCCGUGCUGUACCCUGUGUGCCAUGUGCGUAACCUGAUGCUGUGGAGUGCAGUGUACCUGCCCUGCCCAUCCCCAACCACCCCUGUGGACGACAGCUGUGCACCAUACCCAGCCCCAGGCACCAGCCCUGAUGAUCCCCCCCUGAGCCGGCUACCAAAGACUAGAUCAUACGACAAUCUGACCACAGCCUGUGACAACACAGUGCCUCUGGCCAGCCGGCGCUGCAGCGACCCCAGCCUGAACGAGAAGUGGCAGGAGCACCGGCGCUCACUAGAGCUGAGCAGCCUGGCUGGCCCUGGAGAGGAUCCCCUUUCUGCCGACAGCCUAGGGAAGCCCACCAGAGUGCCGGGGGGUGCCGAGCUUUCUGUUGCAGCUGGAGUAGCUGAGGGGCAGAUGGAGAACAUCUUGCAGGAGGCCACCAAAGAGGAGAGUGGAGUAGAGGAACCUGCCCACAGGGCAGGCAUUGAGAUACAGGAGGGUAAAGAGGACCCUCUCUUAGAAAAGGAGAGCAGGAGGAAGACACCUGAGGCCUCAGCCAUUGGACUUCACCAAGACCCAGAACUGUGUGAUGCUGCUCUGAGGAGCCAUCUGGAUAUGAGCUGGCCACUGUUCUCACAGGGUAUUUCUGAACAGCAGGGUGGGCUCAGUGUUCUCCUCAGUUCUCUCCAGGUCUCCCCCAGGGGAGAGGAUUCCCUGGAGGUCCCUGUGGAGCAGUUUCGAAUAGAAGAGAUUGCAGAGGGUAGAGAGGAAGCAGUUCUUCCAAUCCCAGUAGAUGCAAAAGUUGGCUAUGGUACCUCACAGUCAUGUUCUCUGCUACCUUCCCAAGUCCCUUUUGAGACCAGAGGACCAAACAUGGACAGUUCUGCAGACAUGUUAGCGGAAGAUAAGGUGAAGUCAGGAAGUGGGCCCCAAGGUCAUCAUAGACCUUGCCUUGUAAAUAGUGGCAAGGACAGGCUUCCCCAGACCAUGGAACUCAGCCCUUCAGAGACAAGCCUGGUCGAGAGGCCCCAAGUGGGGUCUGUCGUGCAUAGGACUUCCCCUGGCAGCACUCUCAGCCUGACACGUUCCCCUUGUGCCUUGCCUUUAGCAGAAUGUAAAGAGGGGCUUGUGUGCAAUGGUGCCCCAGAGACUGAAAACAGGGCCUCAGAGCAGCCCCCAGGUCUUAGCACCCUCCAGAUGUACCCCACACCCAAUGGGCAUUUCGCCAAUGGGGAGGCUGGUAGGAGCAAGGACUCACUGAGCCGUCAGCUGUCUGCUAUGAGCUGCAGCUCUGCCCACUUACACUCAAGGAACUUGCACCACAAGUGGCUGCAUAGCCACUCAGGGAGGCCAUCUGCAACCAGCAGCCCCGACCAGCCUUCCCGCAGCCACCUGGACGAUGAUGGCAUGUCAGUGUACACAGACAUGAUCCAACAGCGCCUGCGUCAGAUUGAGUCAGGCCACCAGCAGGAAGUAGAAACUUUGAAGAAACAAGUCCAGGAGCUGAAGAGUCGCCUGGAGAGCCAGUACCUGACCAGCUCCUUACACUUUAAUGGAGACUUUGGGGAUGAGGUGAUGACCCGUUGGCUUCCUGACCACCUGGCUGCCCACUGCUAUGCGUGCGACAGUGCCUUCUGGCUUGCCAGCAGGAAGCACCACUGCAGGGACACUGACCGUGUUGAUCAAACGUGGAAUUGUGGGAACGUAUUCUGCUCCAGUUGUUGUAACCAGAAGGUUCCAGUUCCUAGCCAGCAGCUCUUUGAACCCAGUCGAGUAUGCAAGUCUUGCUAUAGCAGCCUACAUCCCACGAGCUCCAGCAUUGACCUUGAACUGGAUAAGCCCAUUGCUGCCACUUCCAACUGAAGCUCAGUGACCUGGGUGGGCAGUGGCCAAGCUGCUGUUCCUAUGACAGGCCCACUCAGCCUGGGCAGACCGAGAGGCCCGUGCACUUUGGAAUGGGAGCAUGGAACCACCUGUACAGAGUGACAGAAAUUUGGGAUGCACCACUGGAUUGUAGAUGGAUUUUUCUUUCCUGUCCCCCUACUCCCUGCCUACCUUUUCCAUCCUCCUCCUCUGUCUUCAAAAAAGGAAACUCUCCCUUGGUUGUCUUAAUUUUUUUUUUUUUUUUUUUGAUGGAAGACCAGGGGUUGCCAGGCCCGCUGUAACUGCCGAGCUGCCUGCUGUCAGGUGACACUGAGGGAUGGCUUGUUUCUUCCGGGUGGGAGGAUGGUGGUCAGAGUCAGGAGUAUAGAGAUCUGAGACCGUGAGCAGGGAAGAAAGCCAGUGCUAACAUGCAACCGUUCCUCAUACCACCGCCACAUCAGAGCUGGUUGGGAACCCUUUGCUGCUGGGGAGGCUGGAAGCAUAUUCUCCAAGAGCACUGCCCUGGGCAUCAUCUCCCUCCUGCGAGGAGCUGAGCCAGUCCCCUCACAGAUGGAUAAAUUAGGCUGACGUUUGGAGGGAGAGGCACACGGUAAAUGGCAUCCCCUUAGGCCCCUCUUUAGGAAAGGAAAGUGGAUGUUCCUUUGAGGCAGGUGAGGGGUUGGGAAUGGGUAGCCGUCAUGUUUUCCCCCGUGGGAUUCCACUUUUAACUUGAGCCAGAUUGUCUUGGGCUCCCUUUGCUUUCAGGGGGCUGCUUUCCUGGGCCAGGCUGUGUAGCACUUCCCACCCUCAGGCAUGAGUACAGACUGGCCAAAAUGGUUAUGCACUCAAGGCCAAAGCCUUCCCUGAGCCCAGACGUACCUGGGCCCCCAUUCUGGGGCCUGGUCCCCUCAACAAUCUCUUCCUCAGCCAGCACAGGGAAAUCCAGACUCAGGGUUCCAGAAAUCCCCCUUUCCCAAACCAAACCAAUCAUGGAUCUUCCCUUUAAGGGGUAGAAUCAGCCUUUAGAGUUACAAGCCCCUGGAAAAGGGAGCAGGUCCCAUACAAUCAGCCUUUCUCCUCCUCCUCUUCUUGGGACAGGAAGAGCUGAGCAGUCCCCCUUCCCUGCUCCUGGCUGGCAGAGUGGGCACUUGUCUGGCUGCUGGCCAGCAGUGAAGGGCCACUUGGUGACUUUGUAGGGUUCCUUAGAGAAGUGACAUGGCCUUGAGGAGAUUCAGGGCACCUUUCCUCAGUGAGCUUUGAUAUGGUCCAAAAACAGCCUUAAAUCAAGAGUAUCUGUGGAGGUAGGUGUGGGGAAGGUUGGAGAAGAGUUAGGUUUGUGCUUUGUAAUCUUGGCAUCCAUGUUUUGUGCCUGCCCUCCCUCUUGGGGAGGCCAUGCUUGGCUCUGCUGAAAGCUGCUAACUGGUGACAGGGUGGAUCAUGGUGAGGACUAGGGGUAAGGUCAGGGAACGCUUAAGCUCUGGCCCUGCCCUGUAUUCCUCUUCCCCUUGGUAGUAGUUCCCUGACCAAGGGCAAGCUGUGUCUCAGGAAGGUGGCUUCUGUGCGUGCCUGGGUGUGGUUAAGGCGUGGCCCAGAAGGCUUCCCUGCUGCUCUCAGUCCAGGCAAAGCCCAGAGCAUCUGAGCACGUCUCUGACUUCCAGUGGCAACACAUGGAGUUUGAAUGUGGUGAAACAGGGUGUAGUUCUUUUCCACAUUCUGUGUCAUCUAGUCGUGCAGGUAGGGGAAAAGUUGUUCUAAUUGAAGAUUGUGCAUUUCCUAGUGACAGGUGCCAAGAGGUUAUGAUACGGGUUUCUUGGGUCUGAUGUACAGUGUGAAUAAAUGCUUGCAGCUGUUAGCUCUUUUUUGAUCGAUGAAGCACUUUUUUAUUAAUAUUUUCCUUUGUUAAAGGAGGAACCGUAACUCUCCAUAGCUGUACAUAUAACCCUUUUCUCCUAAAGAGGAGUCAGUCAGUGCUCCUAUAUUUUUCAUUUUUUGUCAAAGCAAGAAGUAAAUACUUUAGAAUUGUUAAAUAUAUAAAUAAAGCGAAUAAAGUUGAGUGUCCACAUGGUAGCAUUUGCUAACACUUCCUAAUUCUUUGCCCUGUGGUUUAUCCCCUCUUCAUCCCUUUUCCCUCUCACACAGAAGUGUUUGAGGGCCUGCUGGGAAACUGACCUUUGGCAAAGGAAAGCUACAGAUAGCCUUCCAACUCUAGACCUUGGCAAGGAGCCUCACCAUGAUGUCCAAGCACCGAACGCAUUUCCUCAGUGAUUCUGCUCCUAAAAUCUCCCAGGCUAAAAGAGGGCAAAGCAGUCAGGGAUCUGACCCGGCAGCUGUUCCUCCUUCUCUGAAGAGUUGCGCAUCAGUAGUCAUUACAACUACCUCUCGCCUCUAGGCUCCAUUUUUAACUGCUGCUCUGAUUUCAGGGCAGCCGGUACUCUGGCCCCUUCAGUGGGAAAGUGGAAGGAGACGUGGGGUGGGGGUGAGAAAAUGCUUCUGCCUGUUCUUGAAGGAUAGACUAUGGGUGGGCAGAGAGAACUGGGGGCAGAAAUGGAAUUAGAUGUGAUUGGGUUAUGCAGUCAACUAGAGGUCUCCUUCCCGCCUUCUCUCCACACAGAGAGGAACCUCUGCUCCUUAGCUCUUACAGCAGGACUGUGGCAUCUAGUCAUUUCAAUACUAGUUCUUGCUCUUCACAGAGGUAGAUUUUUCUUUUCCCUACAGCACUGUUGGGUAUCCCUCCUGUCACAUGGGUCUGUGGGUGAGAUACAUUAUGCUGUUCCUCCCUCGGGAAGGUUGGUAUUGAGGGGUGCCUUGCUCCAGAGGUGCCAGCCCAGCAUCUGUGGUGAGUUGGCUAAGAUCCAGAGAGUGACCUGCUCAGAGCUCCCCAGAGGCCUUCACUCUUUGGGGCAGUCUCUCUAGGGUCACUUUCUGAAUGUACCUUCUACCUAAAGUAUACAAAGAGCCAGCUGAGCUGGUUCUAGUGUGAAAGCUGUAAGUGCCACCCAGCAGGCAUUUGAAAACAAAUCAUCAUUCUGUGGAAGGAGAAGGUGCCAUCUCAGCUACCCUCAGUCCACCAGGGAGCCCAGUCUGUGUAUUCUGAUGAAGUUGUGAAAAACGUGUGUGUGCCAUGGCCAGCAUGUCUACACACAGCCACUAUUGUUCCUGUGGGCUAGUCCCCAGCAAAUUAAAACACUGGCACGGCCUAGGAAGGCCGCUGCGAGCUCCUAAGUGGAAAGCUUCUCUGGGGGUAGGAAGAUGAAGAGCCAAGAUGCUGGUGAAGCAGCAUCUUGUGAGGAUCCAAGGCAAGGAAUUGCCCUGAGGGAGGUGGCUGCAUAUGGAGAAAGGCAGUUCUCUGGGCAAGGCCAGCUUGCUUCAGGCCGUAGAGGGAAUUUGGUCUGAAGCAACAGGGCAUGAACUGUGACUUUGAGCUGCCAGGUUGUCUUCAUCUCAGAACUUUCCUAUCCAGGCACUCUUGUUACCUUUCUCCUAUACCUUGGCCUCCGUAACUGCAGUCCAAAACAAGUUAUAGCUGCCUUAAUCCACUGAGAUUCUCUAUGAGGAUGUACAGAAAAGUUUUCCUCUAAUAAUUUUGCUUAUAUGCUAACUCUUUCCAUGUUAGCAAAGAAUAUUCUAUGAAUUAGAAUGUUACUGUGAUAGAUCUAAAGGAGAAUGAACAGAAGGUGCUGGAGGACCUGUUAAUCUCUGGCUAUUAAAAAACAUCAAGAUGAGAAUUAAUUAAAGGUAUAUCCUGAUAGACUUGGCUGCUUGCACAUGAGGCUAGGAGAUCCCAUGCCUGUUGAAGUUAACUCUAGCCCUGACCUCUAUUGAUCUUUUGAGAAUGAGGGCUGAUUUGAAGGUGCUGUUGCAGGAUUUCAUUUAGCUGCUGCCAGUUCAAGUGACCUGUCCCCAGGGCUGCAGCUGCAUCCACCUGAUUGCAUUAGGUGAGGGCUAACAGCAGAAUUUAAAGUGGGCCCUAGGCUGUGGAGCAAAGUGACUAUUCAUUUGGAGUUUUGGAUAAUGUGGCAGGAGUCCCAGCUGUUUAAUUUCUAGUCACAUUUUCAAGGAAGUUGUUCUAAGUUGAGAUCACCGACAAGAUUUCUCAAGGGCAGGACCAGAUAUGUGAGAGACUUCUAGUUCAGAGCUGACCCCUCUAAGCCUCUGACACUUAAACACGAGUCCUGCUGUCCCCAGCACACAACUGCACUGAAGCCUUGUUCCUCUCGGCUGGCGUAGAGUUCAUCUGCAUGUUCUGUGCAGAUACCAGUAGCCUCCCUGCUUGAACAGGCCUCUCCUAGGCUAGGCAGGUGUUCAGAGGCAUGAAGGUCUGGACGGGAAGGGCAUCUUCUGAAAUGGGAGUUACCAGGUUUUUAAAUGCUUCUAUUGUUUUAUUUACCAUUUAAGGUCUUUUCUAUUAUAUCUGAGUUACUAGUCAGUUUUUCUUACAGUGCUCAUAGCAGUUGUAUUUGAAUUGUAUUUUCAGUGAAAUUUGUUUUACAUUGCCAUUUAAAAUUGGCUUUUAACAGCUUCCCAACUGGCUUAUAAGAUUUUUUUUGAAUGAAAACAUAACCCAUGAGGCUCAGAUGCUGUUGAGGAAAUAAAUGGUAUGUUGCUGCUGACAGUAGUGCUUGCCUGUUGUAACAGCAUUGGUUCUGCUGUAGCCUCGGUGACCAUUUAAGUUGAAUAAAUCUGUCAUUUUCACCCACAAACAGUUGUUGAGCCCCUGGAUUUGGGUUGUCACUGUGGUUCUCCUGCCAGUGCUAUAAUCCAGUGUCGUAGGUGCAGGGUAUGAAUCAGCUCAGCCUCUUAGGAGAGAGGGGCUCUCAGCGAGGAGGGGGCAGGGAGGGGGGUCACUAUUUGUCUUCCGGAGGCAGGGUACAUGGAUUCCUGAUGUUUAGAAGCGGAAGGGACCUUAGGUCACCUACUUCCACAGUUUUCAUACUGUUCUGUGGGGCCAUCGUGGAGAGGGAGCCUCCAGGCCCAUUCAAAGCUUUAUUAGAUUUAAAAGUAAGAUCUGGUAUGAAGAAAGGUUUUGUUUCUUAAAAUAAAAAGUCUGAAAAUCA